CAUGUUUAAAGCAUGCGCGGACAUUCCACAGUUCCACUCGCAUGCACGUAUAUUGUAAGAAUUGAUGCUUUACCAUUUCGCCUAAGGAAACUAAAAGUUGGCAUCUUGACUUUUCGUUUUAAGAGAGAUCACAGAGAGAGAGAGAAGAAAGUGUAUUUUCCCCAAGAGAUCAGACAUAGCCAUCUCGAUCGCUUUUUCCCUUUGAGAGAGAGAGAGAUGGGGAUUUGGGGUUACGUUUGCUCAACAAGUGAGUCACUGAAAUGGAACACACCAGAUCUGACGGCGGUUAAGGGCUGGGGCUCGAGCUCUUAUGAUUUCGGCUUGGCUGCCGGUACGAAGAUCAACAACGUUAGGAUCAACGCCACCCAGACGCUGAGCCAGUACAUGUCGGACGAGGAAACCCGGUCCAGGAUCCGCCAGUUCGCAGUCGAUUUGGCAAAAAACGCCGUCUUUUAUGGCUGCCGGGAGGGUCUCAAGAGCGUCCCAGGUGGAACAUUGGUUUAUAAGGCUGUCUUGCGAUCAAUUCGUGGUGAAAAGAAGUUUGAUCAGGGUCAUGAACUGGAUAUGAAGGCAUUGCAAGCCGAGGUAGCCGAACUGAAGGAAACUCUUAAGUCUGCAGGUCUUGUGAGAGCAGAGAAGCAUCAGCCUUGUGCAGAUCUGAAGUCGACCGUUUACAAAAAACCAGAAGAUGUGAUAAGAGUUUUCAUGAUGAAGGAAUUCAUGGGCAUGCGAUUGUUGGAUGAUCGAUCUGAUGGUUCCUGAGGUUAGAAGAACAAGCAAGAAAUGAGCAGAUAAUUGGAUGUGUGGAGUGAUGAAAUCUUUAACAGCCUUGAGAUUUCCUGUUGUGUAAUUUAUAUGGCAUGUAAUUAUGGAGCCCUUGGCAUUGAUUUCCCUGUGGCCCGUUCGAAUGAUAUAUCAGCUCUAUCAACUUACUUAGUCUUUAACUAUGAUAAUCUAUAAUUUUUCGUUGGAA